CUAAUCCACUAAAUACUCUCACUCCAAGUCCCGGUAGUAGCACGAUUCCCCCCACAAUCUUUUCCCCCAAGUAAACUCCACUAUAUAUACAACGUAGCUUUCUUCCUUUUCCUCCAGACCCAGAAAGAUGGCGUCCAUGCAAGAAGGUCAUGAAGACUCCCAGAGCUCCUCGCCGCUGCCGGAGGAUGCCGUCUUCGAGAUCCUCACCCGAGCCUCACUCGAAUCCCUCCCCGCUUGCCGACGUGUCUGCCGGCAAUGGCGUCGUCUCACCUACGACCCUCUCUUCACCUCCCUCCAUUGCAACCGAACCCAGACGAUAUCAGGUUACUUCCUCCAAACCCUGCGGCGCAACCGCUACUACUCGAGCUUCGUCUCCAUCCAACCAUUACCACCCUCGGUCCGACCUUUAUCGCUCGACUUCCUUCCCAAAGAUGUUAAGAUCGAAGCGGUGGGAUGUCGAGGUAUCGUUCUUUGCACCGCCCAAGAAUACCGCGGCAUCCCCCGGUAUUAUGUCUGCAAGCCAGCAACUCGGCAAUGGCGGUGGAUACCAAACCCAAAGACCAGGUAUCUCACUGAGAGGAUUGCUAUACUCGCCGGCUCCACUGGAGCGUUGGAGUAUAAGAUUGUUCGGUUCUCUCGGCCAAAACAGAAGCUCGACCACUUGCGGUGUGAGAUAUUCGACUCGCAGUCUCAAGCUUGGAGGCGGUCGAGGGACGUCCAGCUGCCUCCAGGCUCGCUCAGGCACGAGGCAGCGGUGUCGGUCCAUGGAGCUCUCCACUGGCUGACGUACGGUCAUGGAGUCUUUGCGUUUGAUGUCCACAAGGAGAGCUGGAAAUUGAUUCUAUUGCCGGAAGAGGUUGGUGGGGAUGAGAUGAGGUGGGACUGCAGGAGAUUAGUGAAGUGUGAAGGGCAACUUUGCUUGGUGCUAGUUGAGAAAGAGUGGGUGGAGAUUUGGGUCAUGGGUGACUACAAGGAGCAAAGAUGGGAGAAGAGAAAGGUGGUGAGCUUAGAAGCCAUCAGGGAGGAGAAGCUAGCUUUGAGCAUCAAGGAUAUAUAUUUGCCUGAUGUUGCAUUUAUGGAUAGUUUCUUCAGGGUGAUAUGGUAUGACUUUUGGCGCGGAGUGCUCGCAAAGGUUGACAUUGACCAUCCGUUUGCUCAGGAGGUUUUCAAGUUCGAGUCUGAUCUGGUCUCGAUGGAGUGACAACAUUUUGAAGCUGGUCGACCAAUUGACUGUCUUGCUUUGAUUAAACAAAAAAAAUCUAUAGCUUUCUGUUUUUACGAUUGGUGCAAAUGAGUACAAUUGGUAGUAACAUUGUUUUUGUUACAUCUUAUAUUAUGGUUAUUUAGAUGCUUUGUGCAUGUGUAUUAAUUUGGCAACACGCACACGUGCAACCACUUUUUGUGCUGCUGAAUUUGUCAUGUUUAGAGUUUGCACCACUUUCAAGUUUGGAUCGUAAUUAGUUUGAAUAAAUUAAAAAAAAAA